AUGAAUACGAGCGGGAAGCUCCUUGGCGAGCCUAUGGACAGUGCAAGUGCUGCGCAUCACGUCUUCACCAUGAUCGUCCGUCCGUUGAAUAAAUACCUGAGGCUGACGAGGCAACAGCCAAAAUUCCCAACCGAAAAGGUGAUGGGCCACAUCGAGAAAUGCAUCUCGAUGCGAUUGAACUAUCGCACCUUCCUCUCAUACUUUUGGGGGGCUCGAGUCCCACCAGCGUCGAUAAUCCCGGAAGAAAAGUGGUCCAUCGUUUCUGACGAGCUCUCAUCGGCGCCGAUUUCUUCAAGGAUGACGUUUUUGUUGAGAAGCCACGGAAAAGACGAUACCGCAGGCGUUCAGCUGAUCUGCCAGGUCACUUCGCUUCCGUUUUUCAACCUGACGGAGCAGAAUCGUUCACCGAUUUCGAAAUUCGCCAUCAAGCUCAGCUCGGAAUCGCCUGUG